AGUACUCCUGUGAGCGACGCUGCAUGGAGUAACUGUGCUUUGUAACUGUACACAAACGUGAGCAGUUAACUUUGGACGUGCUGGCAUAGAUGACGUUCAUAGGGUAGGUGGUUGCAAAUGGUAAACAUGAUGCCAAAAUGGGCUGAGCUAGUUAUGAUUUGGGAUGAGCAUCCAUCGUAGCAUCCUACGAUGGAUGUACCAAACUAAAACUGAUCAGGUGUGCAGCUAAACGUGUUCUAACCAGGCCAACUGGUGCUGCCAAUGUCAUGAAGGCACACUUGUGUGAAACUAAAGAAGUUCGCUGGCUAAACAAUAUUAGAAGUAAAGCGCUCCACCACUAUGAUGUUAGCGUUAAAGCUUUAAACACCAUUAGUUAAGCUAGCGAAGUACACUAUGACUAGUUAAGCUAUAGAAAUACACUGAUUAGGUCAGCUGUAGACAUACACUUUGGCUAGUGAAGCUAUAGAAAUACAUUGGCUCUAUAGAAGAACACUGACUACGUCAGCUGUAGUACAGCCUAAAGAUUGAGAAAUACAUUAGCCUUUAAACUAUAGAGCUACACUGAUUAGUCCUUAAGCUUUAGAAGUAAACUGAUUUUUCCUUAAGAUAUAGAAGUAUGAUCUGAUUAGUCCGUAAGCUAAAGUAAACUCUGAUUAGUCCUUAAUAUAUAGAAGUAGAUCAGAUCAGUCCUUAAGCUAUAGAAGUAGGCUGUGAUAUGUAGUGUAGCUCAAAAGAGGUUCUCUAUUAGAAUUAAAGUCAUAAAAGUACAAUAGGCUCAAAAGAAAAGGUCCAGAAGUUUACUGUUUAGAGUUAAUGCUAAAUAGAAUUGCACUAGGAUUAGAACUAAAGCUCUAUAGAGGUUCUUUGAUUAGAAAUAAAGGUAAAUAGAAGUAUACUAGGAUCAGAAGUAAAACUCGUAGAGAAACACUGUUCGGAAAUAAAGUUAAAUAGAAAUACACUGGUUAGAAAUAAAGGUUUAUAGAGGUACACUAUGAUUAUAAAUAAAGUUAAAUAGAAGCACAUAUCCCUACAAGCUGUAGGAUAUAGCGAAUCUUUCUAGAAGUGGGCCACACGCCGGCUGCAGAUGUGUUGACAAAUGUAAACGGAAAAAACGGAUGAAUGUCUUAUUGUAUAUUCCCUGAUAGGGACCCAGUCAAUAAUAAGUUAAUCAAAUACAUAUUGAUCGUAUUCGUUGUUUAUCAAAUAUACUAUAAUGUUGUACAUUUAUAAUACAAUGAUUUUUUUCUAUCUCGGGGCCAUUUUGUCUCGAGACGUUCGUGUGGGCGGAGGUGAAAUAUCCGUGGGCGGAGGCAAAUUUGAUUGAACCAAUCAGCGGCCGCUACGUCGCAACCACCCAGAGCAGCGAUUGGCUGGAGUCCGCGGGUCUCGGUUGAAGAAGAAGGAGCUCGGUCUGCAGCGCGUCACUCUGUCUGUUUCAACAUGGCGACUCAACAACUGUGUAAGCUGUUCGUCGGCGGGCUGAACGUGGAGACCACCGAGGAGGGCCUCCGCCUGCACUUCGAACAAUACGGCGCCAUCACCGACUGCGUGGUGGUGAUCAACCACCAACUGCAGCGGUCCCGCUGCUUCGGCUUCGUUACCUACUCCACCGGCGAAGAGGCAGACGCAGCAAUGGCCGCCCGGCCGCAUGUGCUGGACGGGAACAGCGUGGAGGUGAAGAGGGCCGUAGCCCGGGAGGACGCCGGCCGGCCCGAGGCGCUGGCUAAGGUCAAGAAGGUUUUCCUCGGCGGGCUUAAAGACGAGACCGAGGAGAGCCAUCUGCUUGAAUACUUCGGCCAGUUUGGGGUAGUGGAGAAGGCCGAGAUCAUCUCCGACAAGCUGACCGGGAAGAAGCGCGGCUUCGGCUUUGUCUACUUCGACGACAACGACUCCGCGGACAAGGCCGUGCUACUGAAGUACCACACCAUCAACGGGCAUAAAGUUGAGGUGAAGAAGGCGCUCACCAAGCAGGAGGUGCUUGCGGCGGGCGGUCGCGGUGGCCGUGGAGGCCGCGGCGGACGAGGCGUGUACAACGGCUACGGCGGCGGGAGAGGGGGCGGCGGCGGUGGUGGCUACGGCGGUGGCGGCGGCUACGGCGGCGGCUACAACGACGGUGGCUACGGCGGCGGCUACGGAAACGGAGGGUACGGCGGUGGGGGAUACGGGGCGGGCGGCUACGGGCAGAUGGCGGGGGCCGGUGGCGGCUACGGGAACGGUUACAAUGACUUUGGCGGGGACUACGGACAGCAGUCUUCGGCGUACGGCGCCAUGAAGGGGGGGAACUAUGCCAACCGGAACGCGGCCCCGUACCCCCGCGGUGGUGGCGGCGGGGCGGGCGGCGGCGCGUACGGAAGAGGCAACUUCAGCGGUUAUUAGAUAUGACGGAGAUAUGACGUCAUGUCCGUGGGAAAAUGUUGAUCACAAUAAACUGAAUUUACACACAAGGCGCUCUGGGUCUCUGAGGAGCGACAAGCAGAAUGACUCCAACCCCCCCCCAACCCUCAUCUGUGGAAGACAUUGUGGACUUUGCAUACCAAGAAUUGCUAAAAAAUGAUGUAAUUUAUAAUGUGGGCUUUAGUUUGACAGUUAUCAGAUAGGUUUAGAUGGAGAUGUACCAGAUGACUGGUGGCAUCGCGAACUCAGGGCCUUUAGUCUGCGUUAGGAUCUUAAACUUCUCCACUGGGUCUCCAACAUUUGUCCCGUUUUGUUGAAUGCGUUUUUGUUUGUAAAUUGAGCUGUCGUCAUUUUUUCCCGUUCCACCUAAGCUUUUACUUUUGUAUACUUUGCAUUUAGCAGAGAUGUUAAUUUUGGUUCAAUUGUUUUAUUAUAAUUGCCUUUUAUUAAAGUUUUUAAUGUUUCGAAAAUUA